GCUAGGAGCUAAUCAUACAUGGAGGGGGUGUGGUUGCAGAAAUGGGGGAGGUCUGUUGGGGUUGUUUAAAGGGGGCGGGCUUGAAAACCUGGGAGUUUUCUGUGUUCAGUUCGAGGGGAUUUGAUGUAGAGGGCAAGAAAGGAGGGGUUUUGUUUUUGAGGGGAAGAUUUUGGGAGAGAAGAGAGGGUUUUUGGUUCGAUUUUGGAUGUUUUGCGGCCAGAUUUGUGGAUUUCAGGUUUUGUAAUUGUGUUGAGGAUUAGAGCUUGUGGUGGUGUUUUUGGAAGGGAAGUAUUCUGCAUGGAAGGGCCAGAGAUCUGCUGCAGGAGUAUUGUGGAUGACAAGCAUGUUUCCCCUGGCGAGCGGAAGUCAUGUCGUAUGGCAAGGCGCCGGAGGAUGGAGAUCCGAAAGCUUAAACUCGUUGCCACUUCGGGCGUUGUAGCGGUUGCUGUUGGGGCUGAAGCAGCUUCUUAUGCAGCAAGGAAAAGGAUCAAGCUGUCCAAGGAUUCCGUCUGUUGCAGUAGCGAUUGUGCCAGGGAAUGCGAUAAUGCUGUUGAUAGUUCUGCGUUGGAUAACGCUGGUUUGAAGUCUGGAAAUGGAGAGCAGGGGAGAGAUAGGGUUUGUGCUCCAGCUUCGAAAGUUGACAGUGGCGGAUUGGAGAAAAGCGUAAUUUUGACGCCAGAGGGGUCCUCCGGUAGUACUGGCAACUGUUAUGAAAACUUUGCCUGCCCUGAGCACGGUAUGGUGACCUUUUGUGGACGACGCAGAGAAAUGGAGGACGCGGUUUCGAUUCUUCCCGCGUUCAAUUGCGGGAAAGAUGAACAGACUGGCGGCGCUUUGCACUUCUUUGGCGUUUACGACGGCCAUGGAGGAUCUCAGGCAGCUUUUUUCUGCAAAGAACGGCUGCACGAGGUUCUUGUGGAGGAGAUGAAGGCUCGCGGUGAUCUGCUAAGCGAGACGCAAUGGCAGACGGCGAUGAAGAACUGCUUUAGCAGAGUGGACACCGAGGUUUUGUCUGGGGGUUUGCGGUGUAAAAAUGACUGCAUAGCUAGCGGAGGAAGCGAAUGUAGUUGUGAGCAGACGAUAACGUCGGAAACCGUAGGUACUACCGCCGUUGUGGCGUUAGUAGGCGCGCACCAGAUUGUUGUCGCUAACUGUGGCGAUUCUCGGGCUGUCUUGUCACGUGGAGGCACGGCGAUUCCAUUAUCGGUCGAUCAUAAGCCAGACAGACCAGAUGAGAUUUCACGAAUCGAGUCCGCCGGUGGCCGCGUUAUUUUCUGGAAUGGGCCUCGCGUUUUUGGUGUUCUGGCCAUGUCCAGGGCUAUCGGUGACAAGUACCUGAAACCCUACGUCAUAUCAGAGCCGGAGGUCACGAUAACGGAUCGGAUAGACGAAGACGAGUGUUUAAUUCUGGCAAGUGACGGACUUUGGGACGUUCUUUCCAACGAAUUGGUGUGUGAUGUGGCCCGCAAAUGUCUGUCGGGUCGACUGCCAGGUGGGGGUUUGAGAUCGAUGUUAGGUAACGGCGAUGAAUCUCCGUCAGCUGCCGCUGCUGCGCUUUUGACGAAAUUGGCUCUUGCAAAAGGGAGUGCUGAUAACAUCAGCGUCGUGGUGGUGGAUCUGGGAAGAAAAAAUAGUAGAAGAUAACGACUGACUUGAUCUAUUAUUGCCUCAUCCCGUUGUAAUUUUUUCUUACAGCAUUUUUUUUCCAAUAUUAUGAUUAUAUAUGAGGAAAGAUAAAUUUCUUGUUUACCAAGGCAAAAUUGUACAGGGUAUUACUAUUUCUUACCAUUGGUGAUAUAUCUCGAACCUUAAAGGGUUCUUUUAGCGAAUGUAAUUGUCUUUUGAAAGGAAUUUUAAGUUGCGUAAUCUGGAGUUAUAAUGCA